AUGCCGACCAUCACCGGCUGCGGCCGUGAUUGGACGGCCCUUCCGUCGGACCUCCUCGCCGCCAUCGCCAGCCGUCUGACGUUAAUCGACUACUCGACCUUCUGCGAAGUGUGCCAACCCUGGGCCUGCUCGGUAGCCGACGUCCCUCCGUCCCCUCACCACCCCUAUCUCCUCCUCUCCGGCAGCGACUACGACAGCGAAAGCAGCGACCAGUUCGUCUUCUUCAGCCUCCCCCACAACACGCUCCACCGCCUCUCCGUCCCCGGCCUCCGCGGAAAGCACUGCAUCGGGUCCCAGCACGGCUGGCUCGCCACUCUCGACCCCCUCUCCGAGCUCGCCCUCCUCAACCCCCUCACCAGCCAAGAAAUCCUCCUCCCCUCCGUCGCCACCCUCCCCAACGUCUACGCCUCCCGCGCCCCCGACGGCUCCGUCUCCCGCUACCUCACACUCAGCCCCUCCCUGCCGUGGUUCAACUUCUGCCCCCUCCCACCCAACCUCUUCCGCAACGCGUCCUUCUCCAAGGUCGUGCUAUCGUCGAGCCCCGCGUCCGGCGGCAGCCUCACUGUCGCCGCCCUCUACGGUUGGAGCCAGCUGGCUUUCGCGAGGGCCGGGGAGGACAGGUGGCAUCUUUACGAGGACGAGUACCCGGACCGGCGCUACGAAGACGUCGCCUUUCGCGGCGGCAGGCUCCUCGCUUUAACAAGCCAGGGGGCUCUACUCGCCCUCGAGCUCGACGGAGAUUACGCCGACUGCAAAGUCAUCGUCUACGAUCCCCAGGACGAGCAAUUCGGGUCCUACAGGAAGUAUCUAGUGGUGGACGACGCCACGGGCGAUCUUCUGCAGGUGCGGAGAGAGCUCGGCUCGGGUGACGACGACAGGUGUAGUACGGUGAGAACUGAGAGUAUCACGGUGACGAGAUUGGAUGAAGAGAGAAACGUGUGGAUUCCGGUGGAGAGCUUAGGCGACCGAGCUUUGUUCGUGGGGGUCGGUUCGUCUGUGCUGCUGUCCGGGAAGGAGGUCCGCGGGCUGCGACGAAAUUGCGUGUACUUCACCGAUGAUCGCUGGAACUUGCGGUUCUCCGAGGAUGUCAAGGGUGACAGGCGCGACGUCGGCAUAUACUGCUUGGAAGACGGGAGCGUGCAGCCUUGUCUUCCUCCCGAUGAUCGGUUCAACUGGCCUCCGCCUGUCUGGAUCUCGCCCUCCCUGUCCCAAGUUAACUAA